AUGUUUUUGAGGCCACGAGUUGUGCGCAUUGCCUCAUUCUCGAGAUUUCUAGCACUACGGGUUCCUGCGACUCAAUUGAUCGCACCUUCGGUUCAUCGUUACUCGACAGUUCAGCGUGCCAUAAAGAUAGUUGGAGGGUUCGAUAUGCCGAGAGAGGGCAAGGCGCAACAACAUAAAGGAGGUGGGGGAAGACAACCGCAAAGAAAGAAACAAAAGGGCAAGGAGAAAUCAAAAGCGGAAGGCGGCGCGGAUGAAGUAGUGGAAUUGGACGUGAAGAAUUUACUAGAGAAAAACAGGCGGAGUUCAGAAGAGAAUGGCGAAAAGCAAGCAGCCACUGAAACCAGUGUAUCCGUUGUCCAUGAAGGCAAAAAGGAUUCUCCAUUCCCAGAGACGGAUGUAACUGUGUCUGAGAUGUCAUCAACCGGAGAAGGCCUUGCAUUAUCGCCAAACGGUGAUCACGUCUAUGUCGUACCAUUUGCACUUCCUGGAGAGACAGCACGGGUCAGAAUAUACAAGACAAUCAGAUCCAAGUCCUACAGCUUGACAGAUCUCGUGGAGAUUUUGAAGCCCUCUGAACAACGCGAUGACACCCUUAUAAAAUGCCAGUAUUUCGGCAAAUGCUCCGGAUGUCAGCUACAGAUGAUACCGUAUAAAGACCAAUUGCAGCAUAAGAAGCGGAUAAUAGAAAAAGCAUAUGCCAACUUCUCUGGGAUAUUACCAGAGCUUAUACCUGCUAUUGGAGAUACGAUGGGCUCCCCCAUGCAAUAUGGAUACCGGACCAAGUUAACUCCUCAUUUCACUCAGCCUGCUCGCAACCGGAAACAAGAGCAUGGCAGUGACGCUCCAGAUAUCCCUCCUAUUGGAUUUAUGAUGAAAGGCCGCCGCAAGGUCAUGGAUAUUGAAGACUGCCCACUUGGAACAGACAUUGUCAGGAACGGUUUGAAGAAUGAGAGAAAGAGGGUUGCGGAAAACCUACAGCAAUACCCUUACGGUGGUACGCUGUUGGUUCGGGAGAGUACGAAGCGGAUAGAGAGGAAUGCGGAAAACGAGGCUCUGACUUCGGAUGAUAAAGUGAUACGGACGACAUUCCCCGACUAUGUUGAGGAGAAGACGUAUAUCACCGAUCAAAAUGGCAUUUCAGUUGAAUACGUGGAGGAUUAUCAAUUCCACAAUGUUGCUGGGACAUUUUUCCAGAACAACAAUUCCAUUUUACCGGCGUUUACAGGAUAUGUUCGAGAUAAUGCUUUACAUCCCGAACUGAAACCGGAUGCCACUCCUGCCGAGCCCACUGCAGCGGCAGCCAAAUCUAGCCCGAAAUUGAAGUACCUCCUAGACGCAUACUGUGGCUCAGGACUGUUCACCAUCGUUCUCUCAGGCACUUUCCGCUCAUCUCUAGGCAUCGAUGUUGCUGCAUCUAGCAUCAAAUGUGCUCGCGAAAACGCCAAACUGAGCAAAGUUCCUAACACUGGUUUUGCAGCUGCUGAUGCUGCAGCUUUAUUUAAAGAUGUUCCAUACCCGGCUGACCAGACCUUACUUGUCAUCGAUCCUCCACGCAAGGGAUGUGAUACGAAUUUCUUGAACCAGCUACUUGCAUAUGGCCCGACGAGGGUAUUGUAUGUUAGCUGCAACGUUCAUACCCAAGCCCGGGAUGUUGGCGUCCUGGUCGAAGGAAAGAAUGGAGUCCGGUAUGACAUUGAGAGUAUUCGCGGGUUUGAUUUCUUCCCGCAGACAAGCCAUGUUGAGAGUGUGGCUGUUUUAACAAAGGUCAUCGAGGGUAAACAGGAGUAA